GCAGGCGGGCUCGGGGCAAGGCGGAACGAGGCGGGCUCCCGGGGGCGGGGCCGGGGCUGCGCGGGCCUCCAGGUUCCGCGCGCUGGGCCUGCGCGGGGCUCCCGGAGUUCGGCGCCAAAGCCUAGGAUGGAAGUCCGGGCGGGGGCUCCCGAGGCCCGCCAAACCCGCCUCUUCCUGCACUGCCUCUACUUGGUGGGCUUCUUGGAUCUGUUUGGUGUCAGCAUGGUUGUCCCAUUAUUAAGCCUUCAUAUCAAGUCUCUUGGAGCAAGUCCAACAGUCGCUGGGAUAGUAGGCUCCUCCUAUGGUGUUCUGCAACUCUUUUCCAGUACAUUGGUGGGCUGCUGGAGCGAUGUGGUGGGAAGACGCUUUUCCCUGAUGGUGUGCAUUCUCUGCAGUGCCCUGGGGUAUCUUAUUCUGGGAGUUUCCACCAGUGUGUUCCUGGUUGCCUUGGCUAGAGUCCCUGCAGGUAUUUUUAAACACACACACUCCAUUUCAAGGGCUGUGCUUUCUGAUCUGGUUGCAGAGAAGGAACGGCCACUCGUACUUGGAAAAUUCAACACAGCAUCCACUGCAGGCUUCAUCUUGGGCCCCAUGGUUGGCGGCUACCUCACUGAACUGGAUGGUGGUUUUUACCUGACAGCCUUCAUCUGUUUUUUUGUUUUCAUUCUCAAUGCUGGUCUCGUUUGGCUGCUUCCAUGGGGUGAAGUGAAACUCAACAUGACAGAGAAUGGCUGGCAAGUGGGCAAGAGCCACAGGCUUGUGGGAAAGACAAACUCUGAAGUGCCAGAAGAUGCCCACCCUGAGCCCACAGCAAGUGGUGGGACAGCUUGGUGGUUGCCCUGGAUGGAAGUCUUACAGACUCUGCGGCGUUUGAAGAGCCUGUUGUUUUCAGAGCUGCGGGACAUCUUUCUGGUGCGCUUGCUGAUGUCUAUGGCAGCCAUGCUUUACUAUAGCAAUUUCGUCUUAGCCUUGGAGGAGCGUUUUGAGGUGAGGCCCAAGAUUUCUGGCUAUCUCCUGGGCUACAGCAGCACACUGGGGGCCUUGGCUGGCUUUGCCAUGGGCCCCCUCAUGUGGUGGUACAAUGACAACUGCCACACCAUGCUACUGCACUCCAACACCCUCACCUGCCUGCUGCUGGUGCUCUACUCCAUGGCCUGCACCAUGAGCAUCGUGGUCUUUGCCUCUACCCUCCUAUCCUUCUCCACCUCCAUUGGCAGGACGUGUAUCACGGACCUCCAGCUGACCAUGGGUGGCGGGGCCCAGGCCAGCGGCACCCUCAUUGGCAUAGGUCAGUCUGUGACGGCUGUGGGGCAGAUCCUCGCCCCCCUCCUCUCGGGAGUGGCCCAGGAGGUCAGUCCUUGUGGCCCCCCCAUCCUAGGGGCGAUGUUAGCUUCCGUGGCUAUUAUGAUCAUGUCAGUCAACAGGCUUCAUCACGGUGGCAAUGCACCUGCAAAGUCAAAAAGUGAAUAGGAUGCAUGUAGACAACCCAGAAAAAAAAUAAAUAAAUCCAAAAUGUGCAGAGGCCUGAGAUGGAUGCUUUGGAAAGGGUCAUGAUGUAAGUGGAACAACUCACAUCCAGGUGGGUGUGCUUUCUUGCUCAGUGGCCUGAUCUGACCUGCAGGGUGACCAAAGUUGACAGGGAUACACAGAAAGGUCAGAAUGAGAGUGAAGCUUUGCCAAAGGCUUUGAGCUUUGACUUCAAAGUCUCCUCUUUUCUAUCUGGGUCAAUGAGGUUAAAAUUUUCAAGAGACAUAAAGCUACCAGUUGCCAAUCAGGGGACAACAGACCACAGCAUAUAUGAGAAGGGAAGAGCUCCCAAGAACUUAUUGACUAAACUACGGUAACACAGGCAUAAAAUUCUGACCUGUUGAGCUAUAGAUUUGAUGUCACAUUCUUCAAGUAUGAAGGAGUUUUUUCUGCUAUCAAAAUUCUAAAGAAGCUUCUUUGUUAAGAACAACAGCAGCCUAUCACUUUUUUUUUUUAAGAUUUCAACAUUGUUGGAUAGGAGAGAAAUGGAGAGAGAGGAGGGGAAGAUAGAGAUAGAGAGAGAAAGCUAGACACCUGCAGACCUCUUCACCGCAUGUGAAGCGACUCCCCAGCAGGUGGGGAGCCAGGGACUGGAACCGGGAUCCUUAUGCUGGUCCUUGCACUUUGCGCCACAUGCGCUUAACCUGCUGCUCUACCACCUGACUCCCACCCUAUCAUUUUCUGAGUCUAACAAGGUUCUGAAUGUUCAGUCUGGCUGGGGAGUAUUUAAAAAUCAAAUGUCCAUUCUCACUCCUGGAAGCUGAUGUUGUGGCCUCAGUAAGGCCUGGAAAUCUACCAUGAUAAUCAAGCAGCACUUCCAGUUUCUCACAAAGAUAGAAAAGGGACCUUCUGAGUCAUACUGGCUUUGAUAAAAAUCCAGACACUUGUUUGUUUUAAUUCAGAUUGGACUGUCUGUUAAAACUGUGCAAUCACUGUAUCACUUUGAUAGAGGUUAUAGAAAUAAAAAGGUUAGGGGCCAGGUGGUAACAUCCCAGGUAGAGUGCACAGGUUACUAUGCGUGAAAACCUGGGUUCAAGCCUCUGGCUUCCACCUGUGUGAGGAAGCCUCACAAGCAGAGGUGCAGACAUCUGUUUUUCUUGUCUUAUCCUUUAUUAAAAAAAAAAAAAAGGAAAAAAUGGCUGCUGAAAACAGCACAAUUAAGCAGACACCAAGCCCCAGGGAUAACACUAGUGCAAAAAAAAAAAAAAAAAAAAAAAAAGCAAAGAAAAGGGUUCAUGGGGCCUGUUCCCAGCUACUAUCUCUGAGACCUCACAUUUGCACAAGUCUACCUGGAUAUCUGGCAUUCUGAUUAGCUCAGGGCAGCCGUUACCCUGUUGAGCUGCCUGAGUCUGUUGGUAAUGGAAACCAAGGAGAAGUUAAAAGCACAGGAAAACUUUAAAGCCAACAGUCUGUGCAGAGUAAGAGUCAGGUCUUCAUGACAAUCAGAACUUAAUUCCUUCUUGAAAGUUGAAAAUCCUUUUAUACCUGUAAACAAAGAACUAUACUGAUCGACAGGGAAAUGUCUUGGAGUGACCUUUCCAAGAGUUCAGGCAAAUUGCCCUCAUUCCAGACUUUGCCGCCAAGAGGCAAGCUAAGAAGGCCAGAGUAACUUGAGCACAAGUUUGCAUGGAGCUUUCAAGACACCUGCUGACCAUUGUGGAGACCUGCCGUCAAUUAAAAACAAUUUAGAUGCAGCUUCAUUUUUCACCACAACAACUCUCUAUAUUGUACCUAGAUACUUUGUAUGCACAGUAAAGUUUGAAAAUCACUGGUCUGUCUGUAUCAUUGACAAGUAUGAACUCAGGGAAAUUAAAUAUGCCCAAUUAAGAUUUUUAAUUCUUUUAACUUCUGCAGGCCUUUCCAAGGAUUGAGCCACAUGAAAUUGCUGGUUUUUGUUUGUUUGGGUUUUUUGUUUGUUUGUUGUAAAUCAAACGUAUCUAUAGGUUCAUAUGGUUCAACAUAAUAUCAAAUGGAAUCUUCUCUUAGAGGUCCUGGAUGUUUCUGAGGUUUAUACAGAUGUUUCAACUGUAGACCAAGCAUAUCUGCCAAGUACUAUGAAAUAGCCUCCAGGCUUGGAUUUCUAUCAGUAGAAUUCUUGGCUUGUCCAUAGAAGAAGUAACUCUGCCCUCACAGCCAGAAAGAUGAGCACCUUCAGAAAUAGCAGAGGGUGCCUGGCCAGGACAGUGACAAUAGGCGACGCUCCGUGUCUCUGACCAUGUAGCCUCCUCCAGCAGGGAAGUCAAGCAGGACAUAAGCCUGGACCAUAGGGAAGGAGCUAGAAUCAGUGAUUCUGAUUAACCUGACAUAUUCUCAUACUGUGACCUCUUAAAAGUCAUGAUAUCCCGAAUCUUCCAUUGAGCCCAGAGCCAAAUUCUGAGGUAGCCUAGAUGUCUUAAUAUCAUGAAGAGAGUUGAGAUCAUGAAGGGGUGAAUCUGCCACCUAGGGGUGAGCUGUUAAUCUGCAGGAAAAGGAAAAGCCACAGAGAUCUUUGCUGGAGAAAGAGAAUCUUUGUGUUUUAUAAAAAGUCCUCUGGCUACAGUCAGGAACAUUAACUGCAGACCAGGAAAGGAGCUGUCUAAGGGACAGUAACUUAGUGGUGGGUGAUACCCAGGUGUGUGAUCUAAGGGUUAAAAGGCUGCUCGUGGGUUUUAAGCACAUUCUGCAAUCCUAUUUUAACUGGCAGAGAACAUGAGUGGGCAUAUGAGUGGGAGUCUGUUCUCUGGAACAUUCUGAAAAUUAAGUAUCUCUUUUCCUGGAUUUAUAAAUUGAUUAGGUAUUAGAGGCCCACUCUAGAAUAACUCUUAAGCAUUUGAGCAACUAGUAUAAGGGCAUAGGGCAGGGGUAGGUAGCAUAAUGGUUAUGCAAAAAGACUCUCAUGCCUGAGACUCCAAAAUCCCAGGUUCAGUCCCUCACACAACCAUAAGUCAGGGCUGAGCACUGAUAAAAAAAUUUUUUAAAAAAGACACUAUUAUUAGGGCAUAGUUUUUUUUUUUAUUUAGAAUAUACAUUAAAAUCCAACAUGGUGAUUCCCCAAACUAUUCCUCUUAGGAACUAAUUUAUAUUGUUAAGAAGUCAAUUCAGUAAGAUUACCUCAGAUCCAGCCAAGAUGAUUUAUAACAAAGGGUGGUAGGUAAAAAAAAAAAAAAAAAAACUUUUUUGUCUUAAUUUUUUUUAAGAACUUGCCAUUGCAUGGUAAUAAGGAUAUUUAAUAAUAAAGUUCUUUUUAAAAAUAUGGCUAAAAACUGUCAUGUGUUCCAAUAAACUCAUUUUCAAGCCAC